AUGGGAAUUAUUUCGUAUUGGGAGCAGCAUCUCGGCCCUCAUGCUUCAUCGUUACAGAAUUACUAUGCCGGCUCCAUGGUCUCUAACACCUCAGGACCCGAUUGGCAUCCCGAAAACACGACAAAACAACAGCAGCAGCAGCAGCAACAACAACGAAACGAAGAGAAUCGACGGUAUCGGUGUCCCAAGUGCGGCAACGGUUAUAAAUACACGCGCGACAUGCAGAAACAUAUGCGAUUCCAGUGCGGUCAGGAGCCGAAAUUCCAGUGUCCUUAUUGCCGCAGGCGAUCUAAGGUGUCGUCAAAUAUGUACACACACGUGCGCAACAAGCACAGCGAUCAAUUGAUAUACAUAAUAGAUCUGAACAAACAAUCCUCGACGCUUCAAUGA